GUCGGCGAAGAGAGAGUUUCAGGCGGGUGUUGGUGAGGGUGGAGGCACUUCAUUUCUAGCUUCCUUUCUCUUAAUCAGGGUUGAGCACAGGGGCUCUUUGUUGCUUUUUUUCCCCAAUUUGUGUAAUGCUGGCUACUGUUCAUCAGGUUUGUUGAAUUCGUUUAUCUGUGAGGUUUUUGAUUAAGAAUCAAUAAGGAAGGGAGGCUUGUUUUUGAGAGUUGGAGGAGUUUUUCGGUUUCGUUAUGAAAAGAGGAAUGGAUUCAGUGAUCGAACCGAUGAGGAACCAUGAGAAGUAUUUAGAUUCUCAGCUAUGGCAUGCUUGUGCAGGUGGGCUGAUUGAAUUGCCUACCAUUGACUCGAAGGUAGUGUACUUUCCUCAGGGCCAUGCCGAGCAUGCCCAGGAGAAUGUUGAUUUCGGGGUAGCGCAAAUUCCUUCGCUCAUACCUUGCAGGGUAUCUGGCAUAAGACAUAUGGCUGAUUCUGAAACUGAUGAGGUUUUUGCUAAUAUAAGGUUGAUUCCAUUGAGGAACAAUGAAUUUAGUUUGGAUGAUGAUGAUGAGCUUCUAGGCCACAAUGAUAUUAGGACUCGGGAGAAACCAGCCUCGUUUGCUAAGACGUUGACACAAUCUGAUGCAAACAAUGGUGGAGGAUUCUCAGUGCCUCGUUACUGUGCUGAGACAAUGUUUCCUCGGUUGGAUUACUCGGCGGAGCCGCCUGUUCAGACCAUUCUUGCUAAGGAUGUUCAUGGCGAGAUUUGGAAGUUUAGGCAUAUAUACAGAGGGACUCCCCGACGGCAUCUUUUGACGACGGGAUGGAGUAAUUUUGUGAAUCAGAAGAAACUUGUUGCUGGGGACUCGAUCGUUUUCUUGAGGGCGGAAACUGGUGAUCUUUUCAUCGGAGUUAGGCGAGCCAAGCGAGGAAAUGGUUAUGGAAUUGAUUAUGAAACUGGUUGGGAUCCAACUAAUUCAGCCUCUCCACUUGUGGGGUAUUCUGAUUUUAUGAGGGAGAAUGAAGGUAGAUUGGUAAGAAGAAUCUCAAAUGGGAAUUCGAGUGGGAGAGUGACGGUAGAAUCUGUUAUCGAAGCUGCAAUGCUUGCUGCCAGUGGCAAGCCCUUUGAGAUUGUGUACUACCCGUGCACUGGUACUCCUGAGUUCGUCGUUAAGGCGUCUUGUUUACGAUCUGCAAUGCAGGUUCAUUGGUAUCCUGCUAUGAGAUUCAAGAUGCCUUUCGAAACCAAAGAUUCGUCUCGGAUAAGCUGGUUUAUGGGAACUAUAUCUUCUAUUCAGGUAGCUGAUCCUGUUCGGUGGCCUGAUUCUCCGUGGCGAAUGCUGCAGGUGGCAUGGGACGAGCCAGAUUUACUGCAAAAUGUGAAGAGUAUCAACCCAUGGUUGGUUGAAGUGUUAGUAAACAUGCCAGCCAUCCAUGUCUCCCCGUUCUCACCACCGAGGAAGAAGCAGCGGUUUCACCCAGCAGAAACUGCUGUAUUUGGUCAUCUUCCAAUGCCAUCGUUUUCGACGAAUUUCUUCGAAACAACAAGCUCGUUACAAAGUGUAACAGGUAAUAACAUUCCUGCAGGCAUACAGGGAGCCAGGCAUACUCAAUUUGGACUCUCUUCACCUGACUUUCAGCUCAGCAAACUAAAUUUGGGACCAUGUUCUGCUGGUUUUAAGCACCUUGAUGAGGCCACUCCUCUUCCUGGCACCCAAGGUGAAAAUAUGUUCGGAGGCAUGAAAAGCCCUGAUAAUUCUCAUUGGCUAACGAUGGGAAAUAAUACCGAAAGCUCGAAAGACAGCAAAGAAACAAAACCAGAUCAUAUCAUAUUGUUCGGUCAACUCAUUCUCCCUAAUCAACUGAUUUCUAACAGCUGCUCGGCCGAUACAACGAAUGCAUCGUAUGAAAACCAAGGGAAAUCAUCGAAUCCUUCCGAUGGUUCUGGUUUAUCGUCACAACAGAAUGGUUCAUUGGAGAAUUCAUCAGAGGGAGGAUCUAUCUCGUAUAAUGAUCACAAAAAAACCGGUUUUAGCUUGAACACUGGUCAAUGCAAAGUGUUCAUGGAAUUCGAGGACAUCGGUCGUACUCUUAAUCUAUCGCUUCUCAGGUCGUACGACGAAUUGUAUGGAAAACUUGCCAAUAUGUUCGGUGUAGGAAGCUCAGAGAUGCUGAAUUGUGUUCUUUAUGAGGAUGCACUCGGUACAACGAAGCAAGCGGGAGACGAGCCUUUCAGCACGUUUCUGAAGACGGCGAGAAAACUAACCAUACUUACAGAUUCUCGAAGUAGCGACAACAGUAAAACGUAGGUAAAAACGGAUAUCGUUUCAUUGUACAGUUGAACUAAAACAGUUCAUGUUAUUGUUAGUUUCUUUUUCUCUCUCUUGGCAUUGGAGAAGCCCAAAUUUUGAUCAGUUACAGCUUGAUUGAUAUGCAGCUGCUCCUUCAACCAGACAAUAACUGGGCUUGUUUUUUUUUUAAUUGUUCAAAACUCCAGAAUUUCUAGUUAUGGAUUCUCCUUUUUAGUUACCCA